GAACUGUUGGCGUUGACAGGUUCUACCUUCGUGGGCAUGAUCGUGUAUAGAGUGCAGACAUGGUUGUUCGAGGGCAACCGCCAGGGUAGUGACUAUCAAUCUAAUCUAAUCAUAAAUUCACGAUGCACAUGAUCUCUUCGCGACUCUGACCUCCUCCCGCUGCCGAUUCUCCAUCUAUUCAACGCGCAUCCCUUCUCAAGCCUACUGAUACAUAGAAGCAACUGAAAUCAAAGCCCACUCUCAGAAAAUGAGCGACUCUGACUCUGAAGAUGAACGACGCGAUCCUCUUGGACAUCUCAUGCAACGACAAGACUCCAUAGUCCCAAGCCAACCCCCGUCAAUCAUUCCCGGGGAGGAAGUGCACUUGUCUUACUCCGCAGGCGCAUUGACCGUAUCCAUCGACCUCGCCCUCGACGCUUCUCCUGGCUGCGGCGGCAUCGCCUGGCCUGCAGGAGAGGUCCUCUCGCGAUACCUGGUGCUCCGGGGCCCCGAGUUCGUGAAGGCGAAGAACGUUUUGGAGCUGGGGAGCGGGACGGGGCUGUGUGGGCUCGUCGCUGCAGCGAUGGGCGGCAAAGUCGUGAUCACCGACCAAGCACCUCUGUUGCCGAUCAUGCGCGAUAACAUUGAGCUCAAUCGACUCUCGGCGGCGUGCAAAGUCGUGGAACUCAAUUGGGGAGAGCCAAUACCCGAGGACAUUCCCACACCCGACAUCGUUCUCGCAGCGGACUGCGUCUAUAUCGAAUCUGCGUUCCCGCUUCUGGUCCAGACGCUGUCGGACCUGGUGGCGAACGGCGACACCCAAGUUUUGUUCUGUUACAAGAAACGAAGGAAGGCGGACAAGCGUUUCUUUGCACUCCUGAAGAAGCAAUUUCGCUGGGUUGAUGUUGAAGACGAUCCUGGUCGAUCAACUUACACUCGGGAGGCCAUCUCGCUCUUGCGGUUGUAUAAGAUAUAAGCCGCGGGAUCUCUGUUGCGGAGCCGCUGCUGAAGGUAAAAAUACAUGUUAGUAUGUGUACUGGUCCGUCGAGACAAAUCGUGUCGAUGGAGUGUGCCGAGGCUCCUUCUGAGUCCUGCUACAGAUCCCUGGCAUUCAAGGAAGAUGCUAGAGGUGGUACUUACCAAGCCCGCUAAUCGCAACUAAGCUGUCUGCUUGGAUUGAUCCUGUCACAGUCUGAUCAAGCGUCUUGACGGAUUCCUAUGUGCUCGCUGGUUUCAUUCCAGCCAAGAUUCACAUUUACAAAAACUUUGCUAGCGUUAUGGACUCGACUCGGAGUUAAACGCGGUUAAACGCGUCUAGAACGUGUCUUUGAUGUUCGCACGAAAAAUGAAAUCUGGCCAGGUCAUGGUCGAAAUUUGUGCCACGUGGGGUCAAGGCAAGUUGUCAAGGAAGUGCCUGGUAACGGGUAAAUCCGGCGCUUCUCCAGCGCUGUGGUCCGCAUUGCACCGGAAGUACGCAACAAGAUUCUGUCGGAGAAAUGUCGGAGCAGCCAAUAGUUGCCGAUGGUGCUUGAGGAGGCUGAGGCUCGAGACUCUGCAUGUUCUGGGAUGUUCUGGCCAUGUAAUUGUCGGAAGAGAGACUGAUGGAGACUGUGCCUUGUUGUCAAGCUUGGGCCACGCGUAACGCGUUGUUAUGGGCUCGGAACCUAAUUGCCAAAAUGCCUGUCAGGAGUAUUGAUGAAUCAGAUACAAUCUAUCAUCGCAACCUAUCUGAGCAGUGGACAGGCAGAUCAGAACGUAUUCUAGCUUGCUUGCACUGUUCACAACUGUGUUGCUCCCAAGGAAGAGGUAGAUGCGGGCGUCUGCGAUGAUUGAUGCUACUGUCUGCUCAAGUACAUUGUAUAAGAACGGCGUAUGGAGAUUGAUUCCGCAGCCCAACGUGGAUUCGGCUGAUGCCAACAUGAGGUAUUCUGGAACGAGCACGGCAUUCGGAAUCAAUAAAAGGCUCGGCUCGGGCUUGGAAGAUGUAUAAAAAGCCAAACCGCGUUGGCAAAUUCUCAUCCCUUCUUCCUCUACUCCCAGUUUCUUGGCCCGGUCGCCUUCUUUGUCGUCGUACGCUCCAGCAGCCCAACACCUUCUUUGCAGCAACACUUUCAUUUUUUCCAAAUCCCACACCAUGUUCAUCAAGGCUUUCAUUGUCGCCGCCGCUGUUGCGUCUGUCCAGGCUCGUUUCGGAGAGGAGCACCCUGCUGUUAUCCAGCAGAUCGCCAGUCUUCAGGCCGGUGCGCCUGGUGUCGCAGCCACCCUCGCGGGAGGCUCCAUCUCCAACCUGCUUGCCGCGUCCAACCCCUGUGACAAGCUCACGACCGCUGACAAGAUGAUCGCGGCCCUCGGAAACGGCUCGGACGUCCUGACCCUCGUCCGGACCUUCGUUGCCGCUGAGCAGAACUUCAACCCGUUCGCCACCGACCGCCCCACGUUCUGCAGUGACCCCACCCUGCCCGCGACCGCGGAGCUCCGUGGUGUCAUUCCCCUCGUCGACCCGGCAGUCGCCGGUGCGGCCGCGGAGAACACUGCGUCCGCCGCGUCCAUCACGACCCCGCUCAACGCUGCCGGCCUUUCCGUCGCGCAAGUGAUCGCCAACUCGGGCUUCACGACUUUCAACACCAAGGAUGCUGCCGGUACCGCCGGAUCCACCGGUGCCCAGCUUGCUGGAGGUGCCGCUGCCGCUGCCCCCGCUAACGGUGCCGCGGCUGCGACCACCGCUGCUGCUGCUGCUGCCACCACGGCGGCUGCGGCUGCGGCUACCGAUGCGGCCUGCCCUGCCCCGGUCACCGUCACCGUCACCGCUGCGGCUGCCAAGCGCACUCUGCCCACGCGCCGCAACAUCGCUGGUGUUAAGCGUCGCUCUGCGCGUAUCCUCUAGAUCGAGGAUAUCGCUUUCUUUCUGGAUCAACCCUUUUUCAUUUGUUGUCGCACUGCAUAGAUAGGCUGAAGAGAAUACGACGUUCUUUGAAGGGACAAAAAACCGCGUGUGAUGUGAGGCUAAGGUGCAAUUCCUCAGAGCGAUAUGCGCGAAGAGACUUGACGCGUUGUUCCGAAUCGAUUCGCCCCGAC